UGACCAGCUCGACCACGACUCCUGCUGCUGCUGCCUCACAUUACUUGCAUAACAAUGGAGUAUUGAGCCUUCCCUGGGGGUUUAUUCAUUAUGGUGGAAGGUACGGAGGUUUCCCGGCUUGCUGGGGAGGAGGAGGAAGAAGAGGAAGCUGUUACUGUGCUGACAGAAGCUCGUCAUUUAGAGAGUAUCACAGCACCCAACACAGCAGCUCAUUCAUGGAGGCUCAAGGAAAGAAUGAAGACAGUGAGUGUGGCUCUGGUGUUGUGCCUCAACAUACCAGUGGAUCCUCCUGACAUUGUUAAAACACAGCCAUGUGCACGUUUGGAGUCUUGGAUAGAUCCACUGUCCAUGCCACCUGCAAAGGCUAUUGAAGCCAUUGGAAACAGCCUCCAGAAAUCGUAUGAGCGCUGGCAGCCUCGAGCUCGCUACAAACAAUCCCUUGACCCCACAGUUGAUGAUGUUAAGAAGUUAUGUAUGUCCUUAAGGAGAAAUGCAAAGGAAGAACGAGUACUCUUCCACUACAAUGGUCAUGGGGUACCCAAGCCAACAACAAAUGGUGAAAUAUGGGUUUUCAAUAAGAGUUAUACCCAGUAUAUACCACUAUCCAUUUAUGAACUACAGACAUGGAUGGGCGCACCUUCCAUAUAUGUUUAUGACUGUUCAAAUGCUGCUGUUAUUGUAAAACUAUUUGAGCAGUUUGCAGAGCAACACGAGGAAGAAUGGAGACAGAAAGGCAGUAGUGGGAGCAGCAGCCCUCCACCUCCAUCCUUCCGUCAGUGUAUUCAACUUGGAGCCUGUGGAGCUAAAGAGAUAUUACCCAUGAACCCUGAUCUUCCUGCAGAUGUCUUCACUGCAUGUUUGACCACCCCUAUCAAUAUGGCUGUAAGGUGGUAUCUUCUGCAGAAUAAAGGGAAAUUACUUCAUGGCCUUAAUCUGGAUAUUGUUGACAAGAUCCCAGGACAACUGAGUGACAGACGGACGUUACUGGGAGAACUUAACUGGAUAUUUACUGCAAUUACUGACACUAUAGCGUGGAAUACACUUCCCAGAGAUUUGUUUCAGAAGUUGUUUAGACAAGAUCUCUUGGUUGCAAGUUUAUUUCGUAAUUUUCUCCUAGCUCAACGCAUAAUGAGAUCAUAUGACUGCAUACCCGUAUCUUCUCCAGAUCUCCCUCCUACUCACCAGCAUCCCAUGUGGGAUGCAUGGGAUUUAGCUCUAGAGCUCUGCCUUGGUCAGCUGCCCACAGCACUGCGUACUGAGGAUCCAUGCUCACAUGUGCAUUCUCCAUUCUUUGAGGAGCAGCUUACUGCCUUUCAAGUAUGGCUUGACUUAGGACAUGAACGGAGACAUCCACCUGAACAGCUCCCAAUUGUCCUCCAGGUUCUGCUAAGUCAGGUGCACCGUCCUCGAGCUCUGGAACUACUGGGAAGUUUUCUUGCACUUGGACCAUGGGCCGUCAACCUGGUGCUGUCUGUGGGCAUCUUUCCAUAUGUGUUACGUCUUCUUCAGUCAACUGCAAGGGAACUACGCCCUCUCUUAGUUUUCCUGUGGGCCAAGAUUCUUGCUGUUGAUCCAAGUUGCAAGGGAGACCUUGUCCGAGAAAAUGGCUACAAAUAUUUUCUUCAGGUGCUCUCAGAUAACUCCAUGCCAGCAGAACAUCGCACAAUGGCGGCAUUCGUCUUGGGUGUAAUUGUGUGGGAGCAUCCUGAAGGUCAGCGUGUUGCUUUACAAGGCUCACUUAUGUCCCUUUGUUUAGAGCUGUUGGGUGAUUCCCAUCCACCACAGAGACAGUGGGCGACACUGUGUCUUGGUCGAACCUGGCAUCACCAACCUGAUGCCCGUUGGGCAGCUACCAGAGAUAAUGCCCAUGAAAAGCUGUAUACACUCCUGUCUGAUCCUGUACCUGAGGUUCGUGGAGCAGCAGUAUUUUCUCUGGGAACAUUCAUUAGUAGCUUAGUAAGCCGAGAGAGGACUGACCAUGCUCGUGCCAUAGACCACACUAUUGCCAUUACUUUGGCAAACACUGUCACUCAUGAUGGAUCACCUCUUGUUAGACAGGAACUGGUGGUGGCCUUGCAUUUCCUAAUACAGGUAUACGAGAGCCACUUCCUAACUGUGGCUCGUCAAUACUUCCGUGAUGAAAUGAGUGAUCUCUCACCUCAGUCCCUAGCCUCAUCUGCAGAUAAUGUAAUGUCACCCCCAAACAUCAGUCGUGUCUUUUCUAGACAUGCUGCAAAACAGCUCACUUCUCCAGGUCAGGGUUUAGGAUCAAGUCCUGAUUCCUCCUUUAAUGAAUAUGUCCACAUGUCACCUCUGGGUGUGAAAAGAGCAGUAUCUACACACUCCAUAUCGUCUAUAGGGACAAGCAAUGUGUUCUCUGGUGUAAGCAGCCUUUCAUAUAGUGGGAUGUACUUCAAGUUGUGGCAGACCCUCAUCACCCUUGAACAUGACCCUUAUCCACAAGUUGCUAAUCUUGCAAAAUUAGUGGUGGACUAUGUAAAAAAUAAGGUGAGAACAGGCUCAAAAGACUUUGUUGAGCAGAAGGUGGAGUCAGCUCCAGGAACACCAGUGAAUAAACCCAUGUUCAUUGUUGGAGGAGAUUCUCCACCCUCCUCCAUGGAGACAUCUCUGCCUACCCGUGCACGAUCAAGAAACCAUAUAAACCAUGUUGAUGAAGGUGAAAUCAGUUUUAUGAAGCCAAUGAUUACCACAGAAUUUGUUGAGUGGAGUGCUAAGAUAUUUAUCCUUCCUCGACAAAAGUCUGUUGAUGAAAUAAAUUCCAAUACUUCCCCUCUUCAUGGCUAUUCUGACAGACUGCUGAAUUCACGGCUUCUUGCCGAAUCAGAAGAACGUCGAAGCGUGGGAACAAAUAAGCUAGAUGAUCAGGUGUUUGUACAUAGAAAUCCAGGCCCACCAGCUGUGCUCCUUUUUCAUCCUCUAGAACCCCUUCUUACCGUUGCUGAUAAAACCAACAUCACAGUCUGGGAUGUGGAACGUAGCCAUCGAGUCAACCAUUGGGGAAAUAAUAAUGUAGGUUCGAGUUGCAUCUCUUCACUGGCUGUACUUAACCCAGGAACACAGUAUUCUUACGUUGCAACUGCCUGUGAUGAUGGCAGUGUGCGUGUCUGGCGGGAUGUAUUCCACAGUGCCCAUCAGCCUUCUCAGAACUUACCUUCACUUGUCACUGCUUUUCAAGCCACCAGUGAUAUUAAUCCUGCUACAAGAGGUGCUGGACUGCUAAUGAGUUGGGAGCAGGACACAACAACCCUCAUCAUGGGGGGAGACUCUCGUACAGUAAGAUUGUGGGACUUACAAGCUGAGCGUCGCACCCUGGAAUUGCCCACAGGCGGAGAUAACACUACUGUAAUUACUGCAAUACAUUCACAUCAUGCAGGACCUUGGAUUGUAGCAGGAUUCUCAGAUGGUUAUGUACGAGUGCUGGACCGUCGUCUAACCACUAAUCGAGCUGUUGUUCGGCAGUGGCGAGAACACACUUCUUGGGUCAUCAGUGCACAUUUACUUAACUCUUCACAGGCUACCACCAAGAUUAUUACUGGAGUUGUCUCGGGAGAGGUUAGAUUAUGGGAUAUGCGACAGUCAAACUCUGUACAAGUUUGUGCACCAAAUCAUGAGAUGACUUCUAUGGCUACACAUGCAAAUGCUCAUCUGUUUGCCACCGGGUCCGUUAAUCAGGUGAUUGGUGUCCACCAUGCAAGUGGAUCCUCAGUCAACGUCAUCAAGUACCAUGAAGGAUUUAUGGGCACACGUAUUGCUCCAGUCUCUUGUUUGGCUUUCCAUCCACGCAGAGUUCUCUUGGCUGCUGGUACCACCGACAGCUACAUAACUGUCUAUGGGCUGUCUCGAAGAUAGUGAAUAUUACUUGUUAGCACAUGUUCAUAUUUGGUACAAUGUCUAGAUUGAUCUUAGAUUUUUUUGUUAACAACCAUGGUAGGUAUCCAAGAAUUCUCUGGCCAUGCAAAUAAUGUUGAAGUUGGGUGUAAAUGUAAAUAACAGUUGUUAUUCAAACCCAUAAAAUACCCAUGAAGACAUUUAUGUGACAUACAGUAAACAGAUAUAUUAUUUCUUCAAAUAUGCCAUAAACUCUCUUAAUUAAUGAAAUGCAUAAGGGAAGGAAGGAGGUAUGUUGAGCACAAGUUUUUCAUCAAUGUAUUUAUUAAAACCUUGUCUGCUUUUACAAUUUGUUGAACUAUACAGUAAAUGCUUAUGACUUUUUUUUUGACACUAAAGAAAUUCGAGUGCAAGUUUUUAAAUAAUUUUUGCAUAAAUUUUGAAUGCAGUAUCCUGAUUUACUAGCAUUUUAAGAAAUCUUUUAGUCAGCUACUGACAAAAAUAAUCAUUUACCCAAUUAUGACUUUGAAAAUACUGUUUGAUUUAUAUAUUAUGUGAGUACAGAAGUUACCAUACUUCUUUCAGUAAGAUUUUAUGCCCUUAACUUAUUUUUUAUCUAUUUUAGGAACUAAUUCUAUAAGGGUUUUCAAAAAAGUUGCAACCCAUGGAUAAUGUGUUUAUUAAUAUGUACAUUGAAAAAAAAAAUUGAAAUUCUUGGCCAUUAAGGCUUUCACAUAAGAGUACAGGACAAAUCCUGUUCGGGAACACUUGUUUUAGUGUUUCUAUUGAUGUGCCAUAUAUUGUAUGCUGAAUGUUGAACAGUAGUUCUUCCAGGGUAUGAGGAUUUGAAUACACAACAUUCUUUAAGAACAAUAAAUGUUCUUGUAAUGUGAAUGGCAUUUUUGUAUUCAGUGAUGACUAUAGCAAACAGAAAUAUACACCAUAUGGAUUCUCUGUGGGUUGCAUUUCUUUUUGAACACCCUGUAUUUUCAUAAAAUCCUCAUAUCUGAACAUUACUUUGUAAUGUCUCAGCCCAUUUAUUUCAAUGUAGAGUAUGAUUUUGUAAUUUUGUGGUAUGCUAUAUUAAUUGUAGGUGAUGUUGCCUCAGGGUGAAAAAAGUUAUAUACUGAAUUCUGUGUAAAUGUCUCAUUGUUUCCAGGUACAAUAAUAUCCUAACACCUCAUUUGAUUGCUUCAGGUUUUAAAUGCUUAUUCCUUCACAUCAUGCUUUGUGCACUAUUUAUUGGGGCUCAGAUCAAAUGGUGACUGUUUAAAGAAAAGAAAGUACGGAGAGGUUCAAUUCCUAAGCAUUAUCUUUACAAAACCUGGACCAGUAUUCAUCAUGGUGCAUGAUGUCAAUAGAAAUAUGGUGAGUAGACAUUGAUUGCAGAGGAGUAUUAAUUGGUGCACCAUUUCAUCACAUUGGCCUUAUUAAGUACAUAGAACAGAAGAUCAUGUAUAGUACAUCCAGGCCAGAAAAUCGGACACUGAGUGAGAUUCAUGGGGGUCUAGUUUUGAGUGACUUGAGAUUCGAGAAGCCAGAAAGUACUGCAGCAGGCUUACUGGUACACUCUAAAUUUAUUCCAUUGUUCAAACACAAUGUGAGUUAUGGGUGUUGACAAACAUACUGUUAUUUUGUUUGUGUUAAGGAGUUUAAUAGAAGAUGAUUCAAGUCAUCUUCAUCUGAUCUCAUCGUUUUCAUAAAAUAGUAGAGUUGCUCUGUCCUGUGCCAUGAGAUGGGAGUGGCUAUCAUGGUGAUAGACACUCAUUACAAAUACAAAUUUUUAUUUCUUUGCAAAUGUUACAAUGUGUGAUUUUACAUAUUAUAAAAUGUUGUUAAUUACAAAGAAAGCCACUUACAUGCCAGGGUAUUUCAGGCAGACUGAUCCUAACGCUUACAAA